ACUCGUCUGUUAAAGCCUGCCUAAGUUACCUGAGAACACAUUGGGAUAAGCCAGUUUUCGCUCAAGCCGGCAUAUUAUUCCGCAGUCUGGACGAGUAGCUGCGAUUCUGAGCCUCGCAGUCUCAUUUUCCUUGCACCAUCUCUCUGUUUUCCCAUAUUAGGAGCCUACGGAUAUUUGGAUUGUUUCAUGGAACUUUUCUUAAGAUGGCAGAUCACCUAGCUUUGACCACUUCCGCAUCCUCGGAUUCUACGAUGGAAGGACAUUCCCGGCCCGCGAAGAUAGCAACGCUCAGCUUUGCUCAUACCCCGAAUCUUGCUACCUUGGAGCAAAUGAAUAUGAAUCUACCAUUUCCCACUGGUCGGAACCCAACCGACGCUUAUAAACCCGGGCGGAUUGGGAAUCGCCUAGCAUUAUGGUACCAUAGGAAUGAUGGGCCAUGGACGCCUCCCGGCCUAACAUCUCCCCAAGGUGAUCUCAGAAAUCCGGCCAUCUUAAAUAGCCUGAGGGCAAAUCCACUUGUUUUCUCUAGCCAUUAUCGGGAGAGUAUAGUAUCUUCGGAAUGCGAUACAAUUGCACCGGGAGCAGUGCCCUCUGAUUCCGGAUAUGGAGGGAGUUACGGGGCUAAGCACAGCGUCGCUAACGGCUCUGUCUGCGACGAGUCUCCUGAUCGGAACCAAGAGACCCAAAGUCUUGUCGGGCAUAUAGGUGAUCUCAACUUUCAAUCAUAUGGCCGAGACAUGAUACCCAAAGGUGGAGUGAACCCAGAAACCUCCUGGUCCCAGUCUCACCAAUCUCCAUCUCCCUCGUCGGUUAUUAACCGUCACCUUAACUUCGAGGGUGAGACGUGCGAAAUAUGCCACAAAGUUUUGAAGACGAAAUCCGAGUUCAAGAAACACAAACAGAGGCAUGACAAGCCCUUCAAGUGUAAUGUGAAAUACUGUACUCGCAGUGUUGGUUUCAGUACGCCGAACGAUCUUGAUAGACACAUAAGGAGCCUACACCCGGAGGAAGACGCCACUGGUAAUCGCUAUCGAUGCCCUAUUGGAGCCUGUAAAAAUAAGGAUAAAAUUUGGCCUCGAGCAGAUAACUUCCGAGCCCACAUGAGACGUGUUCAUCAAGAGAAUAUAAAAGACAAUGACUUAGAUCAAUACUUGUUCAGGCCAACGACUUCAUCCAAGGACUCUUCAGACAUAGCUCGCGACAGCGCUGCCCCUGCGUCUGAUAGAUUUAUGUUUCCAGUUGGUUCGGAGAAUUUGACAUUGCCUCGGCAUCCGGUUAUUGACCUAUCUACUGAAACAAGCCCGAUGGAAGGACCAAGCCAAGUUCAGAUGGAAGAGACACCACUAAUGAACGAAUCGAGUGAUGAAGGUCGCUCGCAUUCCUCCAUUACCACUCCCGCUCAAAGGGUACACUCGGAAAGAGACGAUGCCUCUCUUGAUGAACCCACGGAAAUACCCCGAACCCACCCUGUUCAAUCUUAUCCCACCUUUAAUGAUGAUACCGAAUUUGCGAAGCUCGACCAAGUAAAUGACAGCGGCUCUAGCCUUGAUUCUAGGGAAACGGAUUCUAAUUUAGCUAGCAAUUCGAGUUCCUUAGAUCACGACAAGGCAGAUGAACUUGAAGAGUCCCAAGGCUCUCCCAGUGGGCCAUCAUUUGAAAGCACCCGGUCCAACAGACAAGUAGAAGACCUCGCAGAUAUUGAUAAUGAUUCCAACGCACAUCGUAAACCUAGGGGCCUUGAUGAAAUGACAGGCCUAGACAUUACGGAUCAUGAUGUGUUACUGAAGUUUCUCGAAAAGCUCCGAAGCAGCGGUGUACUUGAACAACUUGGCUACAAGAAAGAUGAACCACUGGAACAAGAAGUACCGAAUCAGGAGCCGGUUCGGAAUACCGCUUCUGACCAAGCCUAUGUUUGCCCCGAACCCGAAUGUCGGAAGAGUUUCGGUCGACGUUGUGAAUUGAAAAAGCAUGAGAAACGACACCUGAAACCGUAUGGAUGUACAUUUCCAGACUGCAAAAAAAAGUUUGGUAGUAAAAACGACUGGAAGCGCCAUGAAAAUAGCCAGCACUAUAUGCUAGAACACUGGAGGUGUGAUGAGAAGCAGACUGGCGAUUCGGCUGGUACCUGCGGGAAAGUUCUGCCCCGGCGAGAGCUGUUUACGCAACAUUUGGUGACAUGCCACCGCAUCAAAGACUCGACAAUUCUAGAAAGUAAAGUUGAGAGGUGCCGCGUAGGGCGGAACUCCGAGGUUCGUUUUUGGUGUGGUUUCUGUCAGGAAAUAGUUGAAGUCAAGAAGGAUGGUAUAGAAGCCUGGACUGAGCGGUUUAAUCACAUUGACGAUCAUUUCAAUGGCCGUAACAAUCAGGAGAAGAAGGAGAUCGGUGACUGGCAAAAUGAGUAUUCACCUAACAACACAGUUGAGUCUCCAGCCGAUGAUUCCGAGGACUGCAGCGCCACAUCGUCGACGCCAGCUACCUCGGCCAACAGCUCCGACACCUCUGGUCAUACCAGGCUUGAGAAGCGGCAGGCUCGUACUACGAAGCAAAAGAGAAAAAGAGACGAUGGGUGCGACGAGUCUGCCAAGCGUCACGCAGUAGAAGAGAUAGCCAGGUACCAUUGUGUAUGUGACCCCUAUUGUCCCUACGGCCAUGCCUCUAACGCGGUUUUAGUGCCAGUGUAACGAAAUGAUGCCUAUAACGAGCAAGCAAUGUACCAAUAUCGCAUGUACUCAUAGGUGGUGCCUGGAUUGUU